AUGGACGGUAUUUUAUCGAACAGCAACGGCAGCGUGGAAGGGCGGGCGAAGAAGCCGAGUCCUUCGAGCGAGCUACCGGCGAUCGAGCACGUAGCGGACGGGCUGACAGGCGCGCGGCUGGCGGGCGCUCUCGAUCACUCCGACUCCACUGACACGGAGGAGCGGCGGGUGCUGCCGCCGACCGACCCGAUGGUGACGUCACUGCUGACGGAUAUGUACCAGCUGACCAUGGCGUACGCGUACUGGAAGGCGAAGAAGCACAACGACCACGCCGUGUACGCGCCCUCCCGCGCCAACCCUCACCUGCGUCCAAUCAUCCACCCGCCAAACCCCUCGCGCCUGACCUCGCCGUGCUCUGUUGCGCGCGACACUUGUGCGCUCCGCGUUAGCGAGAUCCUGCACCCACCGCGUGUCCUCUCGUUCGACCUGCUGUUCCGCAAGAACCCGUUCGGCGGCGAGUACACGCUGUUCGCGGGGCUGGAGGAGUGCGUGCGAUUCGUCGCCAACUUCCGAUACUCACACGCCGACGUCGCCUACCUGCGCACCAUCAUGCCGCCCUCGUGUGAGGACGCGUUCUUUGACUAUCUACUGACGCUCGACUGCUCCACCAUCCGCAUCAUGGCCCUGCCAGAGGGAUACGUCGCCUUCCCCCGCGUGCCGCUCAUGCGUGUCGAAGGCCCUCUCCUCGUGGCGCAGCUGCUGGAGACGACGCUGCUGGUGCUCGUGAACUACGCCUCGCUCGUGGCCACCAAUGCCGCCCGGCACCGACAAGUGGCCGGGCCCAACAAGUUGCUCUUUGAGUUCGGACUGCGACGCGCCCAGGGUCCUGAUGGUGCGGUGUCUGCGUCGCGCUACUGCUUCAUGGGUGGCUUCGAUGCCACCAGCAACGUGGAGGCGGGGCGCAUCUUCAACAUUCCUGUCAAGGGCACUCACUCGCAUGCCUUUGUCUCAUCCUUCCUCGCGUUGGACGAGAUCAAGGAGCGCGCGCUGCCAGCAGCAGAUGCGUCCCACGUGUGCCCCGACUUCGUGACGCUCGUGCUCUCCUUCCUGCACCGCAUGCAGGAGAGUGAGAAGCUGAGGGACCUGUUUGCGGAGACCAAUGAGAGCGAGCUGGCGGCGUUCACCUCAUACGCGCUGGCCUUCCCCACGCACUUCCAGGCGCUCGUCGACACCUACGAUGUGCUGCGCAGUGGAGUGCCCAACUACUGUGCUGUCGCCCUCGCACUGCACCACCUGGGGUACCGGGCGGUGGGCAUUCGCCUGGACUCGGGCGACCUGGCGUACCUGUCACAGCAGGCGCGCCUCUUCCUGCGCCACUGCGAGGCGUUCUUCCAUGUGGACGGGCUGAGCGCUGCCGUGAUCACAGCCAGCAGCGACAUCAACGAGGCCACUCUGGAGGCGCUCAACAAGCAGGGCCAUGAGAUAGACGCGUUUGGCAUCGGCACGCACCUGGUGACGUGUGCGAAGCAGCCGGCGCUGGGGUGCGUGUACAAGCUGGUGGAGAUCAACGGGCAGCCGCGCAUCAAGCUCAGCCAGGACUUUGACAAGGUGACGAUCCCGGGCAAGAAGGCGUGCUAUCGGCUGUACGGCAGGGAGGGGUACCCUCUAGUGGACCUGCUCAUGAUGCCAUCUGACCCGCGCCCUCAGGUGGGCGAGCGCAUCCUGUGCCGCCACCCCUUCAGCCAGUCCAAGCGUGCCUACGUGGCGCCGCACCGAGUCGAGCCACUCUACCGCUGCUUCUGGCGGGGAAAGCAGUUCUCAAUACCGGAUGGGCAGGUGGAGGAGGAGAGUGAGGGCGUGGAGCGGCUGCCAGCGCUGGUGGAGGUGAGGGAGCGGUGCCGGCAGCAGAUCACAGGGCUGCGCCCCGACCAUAUACGAGGGCUCAACCCCACGCCCUACAAG